AUGGAAAGCUACACUAUUGUGCUGCUUCUCCCGUUCACCCCGCCUGCGCUCGCUCGUUUUCUCCCUACCCGCAACUCGGCGACCGCCGCUGCUGCCACUGCUGCUGGUAUAGUAGCAUCGUCGGUCCCUUCGCCAGGCUUUCGUCGGGUCUUCGCCGGCGACGAGCACCCGCCAGCACAUUGUUACGGUAGCAGGUGGUCUUUGAGAAUGUUGGUGGUUAGAGAGUGGAACAGUAAAAUGUUUGGCAAAAGAUUGCACGGAUUCCUGCUCCUGCUCGUCUUCCUUCUGGCAAACGUAGCAGGCAGCCAUGCUGAAACCACCGUCGAUCCAGAUUCAGUGGACGGCAGCAAGAGGAGGUCGCUGGCCACCAGCUUGUUCUGUGUGGCGAAACAGGGCGCGGACCCGACGGCUCUGCAGAUGGGACUGAACUGGGCGUGCGGGCCGGGGCAAGCGAACUGUGCGCCCAUUCAGCCCGGCGGGUCGUGCUACAAGCAGGACAACCUGGAGGCGCUAGCGUCCUACGCCUACAACGACUACUACCAGAAGAACUUUGCCACCGGCGCCUCUUGCAACUUCAACGGCACGGCCGCGACCACCACCUCUGAUCCCAGCUCGGGGCAGUGUGUCUUCACAGGAAGCUCCAUGGCAGGAGGCAGCACGCCGGCUGCGAGCGCCCCCAGCGGCCUCUCCCCGCCGUCAACGUUCACGCCGGGCAUCGGGAGCCCUUCCAACACCCUGAUCCCUCUGGACGGCGCGGAGAGCCUAGUGUCCAGCGCCCGGUGGGCGAUCUGCGCCCUGCUGCUGGCGUUGCCGCUCUUCUUCCUCUGACCACCAGCGGCGGCAGAUGAGACGGGGGCAGUGCUUGCUAGUAGAGCGCUAUAGCUUACUGUGUUUAUGUUCUUGGGUAGAUCGCUCUCGCGUGGCGGUGUUGGUGUACAUGUCAGGGUUGCGUUUGGAUGUGCUGGGAUGGGAGAUUACAUAAAGAUGCUACAGAGAUCGAUUCAUAUGUAGACAGUGGACUGGACUCCGAUCCGCCGUGUUUCCGUGUGUUCUAGUCUCGGAUUAGUUCCUGUAUAUAGCAGAAACCAGAUGUAAAUGAUCACGCUGCACACGUA